GUUUAUUUUAUUUCGUUGGAGAGUCAGCACAGUCUUCCGUUGCUGUAGUCUUAUCAAGUGUUAAACAAGAUUUCUUUUUGGUGUUAUCAUGUCGAAAAUAGCCCGAUGUCUUCAAGUUUUGGCUCGAAACGCAUCGACGAGUGCAGCUCCAGCUGAGAAAACAGCCCUUUACAAUUUCCACGUUGAAAAAGGUGGAAAAGUUGUUAAUUUCGGUGGAUACUUGCUGCCGGUCCAAUACGCUGACCUUAGCAUUGCUGCAUCGCAUGUGCACACUCGAAAGCAAUCAUCAAUCUUUGAUGUUUCACACAUGCUACAAACAUAUGUUCGUGGCAAGGAUGCUGUGGCAUGUUUUGAGUCGAUUUGCACAGCUGAUAUACGAGGAUUUUCUCCUAAUUCCGGAACAUUGACUGUUUUCACAAACGACCAGGGUAACAUUCUUGACGAUUUGAUUGUGUCCAAGGUCAAAGAUGAUCUUCUCUAUGUUGUGUCGAAUGCAGCAAUGAAGCAACAAGAUAUGGAAAUUAUGAAAGCUGCAGUGUCUAAAUUUGUUAGUGAUAAGCGAGAUGUUUCCAUUGAGUUCUUAUCGCCGGCCGAUCAUUCACUUAUCGCCCUACAAGGCCCUAGCAGCGUCACAGCAUUGAAAACAAUAACAAGUGUUGACUUGGAAAAACUUUAUUUUAUGGAAACAGUCGUAGCCGAGGUGGCAGGGGUCAACCAAUGCCGGAUAACGAGAUGCGGCUAUACUGGUGAGGACGGAUUCGAAAUAUCAGUUCCUUCAGAGAAAGUGAGGCAUCUGACUGAGUCGCUGCUGGGGGUCGAUAACGUUCGAUUGGCUGGUCUCGGAGCAAGGGAUUCUUUGAGAUUAGAAGCUGGUUUAUGUUUAUAUGGAUCUGAUAUUGAUGCAAACACAUCUCCUGUAGAAGCUGCCUUAUCGUGGUUAGUAUCGAAACGUCGUCGAGCUGAGGGAAAUUUUCCAGGAGCUCAACAAAUAAAUACUCAACUAAAAAAUGGCGUAACACGUCGUCGUGUUGGUGUUCGAUUGACCGAAGGACCACCUGCCAGAGCUGGUGUUGAAAUCUAUCAUAAUAAUGAAUUGGUUGGAAAAGUCACAAGUGGUUGUCCUAGCCCCAGUUUGGGAGGCAAUGUAGCUAUGGGAUAUAUUCGUGAAGACCUAAAGAAGCCUGGUAAUAAGAUUCAGUUGAAAAUUCGUGAUAAAUUCUAUGCAGCUGAUGUUGCGAAAAUGCCAUUUACUCCCGCUAAUUAUUAUAAUAAACCUAAGGCUUAAAAUUUAAAUAAAAGUCCUACUUAAAUA